AUGGCUCCCAGGCAUUCAACGGAAAGCCUGCCGAACUCAAUCCAUAGCGAUGGAUCAUCAUCCAGCGAGUCGAGCAGGGAUCCCCAAUAUUCCAGUGGCAGCACAUACGGCCAGCCUUCACCACUCACACGAACGAAUACUAUGAUCAUUGAAGAGGGAGAACGCCAAGAACUUCAACGAAUUGCUACCGGCAUCUCCCAACAUCGCAGACAAAGUCUGGCAACACUACCUUCACGAAUCCCAGAUCUCGGCGAGAACGACCCUGCAUUAGACCCGACCGAUAAAGCCUUUGACCUUUCCAAAUGGCUACAAGCUACGAUGCGCCAGCUUAAUGAAGCUGGUGUUGGACCCAAGAGUGCUGGCGUGGCUUUCAAGGACCUCAGCGUCUACGGAACAGGCGCUGCCUUGCAGCUACAACAAACUCUUGCUGAUCUGGUCCAGGCCCCAUUGCGCUUGGGAGAACACCUCCGAUCAGGCAAGAAGGAGCCGAAAACAAUUCUUCACCGAUUUGACGGACUUCUUCGCGGUGGUGAGACUCUCAUCGUCCUUGGCCGCCCAGGUUCUGGAUGUUCGACACUGCUCAAGACCAUGACUGGAGAGCUCGAGGGUCUCGGAGUCGGCGAACAGUCAACCAUUCAAUACAAUGGAGUCUCACAGAAGGACAUGAUGAAGGAGUUCAAGGGUGAGACAGGAUACAACCAAGAAGUCGACAAGCACUUUCCUCACUUGACAGUCGGCCAAACGCUCGAGUUUGCAGCUGCGUGCCGAAUGCCCUCCAACUCCGAGAACCUUGUCGGAGUGACCCGCGAGGAAGCUUGCAAGAACGCAACCAAGAUUGUCAUGGCUGUCUGUGGCUUGAGUCACACAUACAACACCAAGGUUGGUAACGAUUUUAUUCGUGGUGUUUCGGGUGGUGAGCGCAAGCGUGUCAGUAUCGCCGAGAUGAUGCUGGCGCAGUCGCCCAUGGCUGCGUGGGAUAAUAGUACACGAGGUCUUGACUCAGCGACUGCUUUGAAGUUUGCUGAGGCAAUUCGCCUGGCUUCCGACUACACCGGCUCUGCCAACGCCCUGGCCAUCUACCAAGCCAGUCAAGCCAUCUAUGACCUCUUUGACAAGGCUGUCGUGCUGUACGAAGGCCGACAGAUCUACUUUGGACCUGCGAUCAAAGCUAAGGCCUAUUUCGAGAGGAUGGGUUGGCAAUGCCCACAGCGUCAAACCGUUGGCGACUUUCUCACGUCUGUAACCAAUCCUCAAGAACGAAAGGCUCGAGCAGGAAUGGAGAACAAGGUCCCUCGUACCGCCGAGGACUUUGAGAGGUACUGGCAUAAUUCGUCCGAGUACAAGGAAUUGCGCGAGGAGAUCGAGCUUUACCAGGCUGAAUACCCAGUCCAUGACCGGCAUGAGGCCAUCGCUCCGUUGCGAGCGCGCAAGAACCUUGUCCAAGGAAAACACGUCCGACCCAAGUCCCCAUACAUCAUCAGCCUUGCGACACAGAUUCGCCUCACAACCAAGCGAGCCUACCAACGGAUCUGGAACGACCUUUCAGCAACCGCCACGAAUGUCGCCACCAACGUUAUCAUGGCCCUCAUCAUUGGUUCCGUGUACUACGGUACGGGCGAUGCAACUGCGAGUUUCUACUCCAAGGGAGCCGUGCUCUUCAUGGGUAUCCUCAUGAACGCCCUUGCAGCCAUCUCUGAGAUCAACAACCUUUACGCCCAACGCCCUAUCGUCGAGAAACACGCAUCUUACGCCUUCUAUCACCCUGCCGCCGAGGCUAUCUCUGGUAUUGUGGCUGACAUACCCAUCAAGUUUGUCUCAGCAACCGUCUUCAACAUCAUCCUGUACUUCCUUGCUGGGCUUCGUCGCGAACCUGGCCCCUUCUUCCUCUUCUUCCUUAUCACCUACAUCUCGACCUUUGUGAUGGCAGCCAUCUUCCGUACCAUGGCUGCUGUUACUAAGACGGUUUCGCAAGCUAUGACUCUCGCUGGUAUUAUGGUUCUGGCUCUUGUUAUCUACACUGGUUUCAUGAUCCGAGUGCCACAAAUGGUUGACUGGUUUGGCUGGAUCAGAUGGAUCAAUCCGAUCUUCUACGCCUUUGAGAUUCUGAUUGCCAAUGAGUUCCACGGUCGCGAGUUUAUCUGCUCAGCUGUUGUUCCUGCCUACCCCGAGCUCAUUGGAGAUUCAUGGAUCUGCUCAACUGUUGGAGCUGUGGCCGGUCAACGAACAGUCAGCGGCGAUGCCUUCAUCCAGACCAACUACCGCUACUAUUACUCCCAUGUGUGGCGCAACUUUGGUAUCCUGUUGGCGUUCCUCGUGGUCUUCAUGCUCAUUUACUUUACCGCCACUGAGCUGAACUCCAAGACUGCCAGCAAGGCUGAGGUCCUCGUCUUCCAACGUGGUCAUGUUCCAGCUCACCUCCAGGCCGGCGUUGACAGAAGCGCUACCAACGAGGAGCUUGGUGUGCCCGAGAAGACUGGCGAGGGUACAGACAGCACUGCUGUUCUUGAGCCUCAGACCGAUGUCUUCACUUGGAAGGAUGUUGUUUAUGAUAUCGAGAUCAAGGGUGAGCCACGACGACUAUUGGACAACGUCACUGGCUGGGUCAAGCCUGGUACGCUCACAGCUCUGAUGGGUGUCAGUGGUGCCGGCAAGACAACUCUCUUGGACGUUCUAGCCCAGCGAACCAGCAUGGGUGUCAUCACUGGAGACAUGUUUGUCAACGGCAAGCCACUUGAUGCCAGCUUCCAGAGGAAAACUGGAUACGUCCAACAGCAAGAUCUUCAUCUCGAGACCGCCACCGUUCGUGAGAGUCUGCGUUUCAGCGCUAUGCUCCGUCAGCCUGCUACUGUCAGCACUGAGGAGAAGCACGCUUGGGUUGAGAGAGUCAUCGAUAUGCUCAACAUGAGGGACUUCUCCAACGCUGUUGUGGGUGUCCCCGGCGAGGGCCUCAACGUCGAGCAGCGCAAGCUUCUCACGAUCGGAGUCGAACUCGCUGCUAAGCCAAAGCUUCUGCUUUUCCUCGAUGAGCCGACAAGUGGUUUGGACUCCCAGAGUUCAUGGGCUAUCGUUGCAUUCCUCCGCAAGCUUGCUGACGCUGGCCAAGCCGUCCUCUGUACCGUUCAUCAGCCCAGUGCCAUCCUGUUUCAAGAGUUCGAUCGCCUACUCUUCCUUGCCCGGGGUGGCAAGACUGUUUACUUUGGUGAUAUCGGCGAGAACUCACGUACCCUACUCAACUACUUUGAGCGACAUGGUGCCAGGACCUGUGGUGAUGACGAGAACCCAGCUGAAUGGAUGCUGGAGAUCGUCAACAAUGCCAUGAGCUCCAAGGGAGAGGACUGGCACACUGUCUGGAAGGGUAGCCAGGAGCGACUUGAUGUCGAGGCUGAAGUUGAGAGAAUCCACUCGACCAUGUCAUCGAAGUCCCCCGAAGACGAUGCAGCCAGCCACGCUGAAUUUGCUAUGCCUUUCGGUGCCCAGCUUCGAGAAGUUACUAAGCGAGUAUUCCAGCAGUACUGGCGCAUGCCGGCUUACAUCAUGUCGAAACUGGUCCUUGGCACAGUCGCUGGUCUGUUCGUUGGCUUCUCGUUCUUCAAGGCUGACUCCACUAUGGCUGGUAUGCAGAACAUCUUGUUCUCCGUCUUUAUGAUCAUUACUGUUUUCUCUACUCUUGUUCAACAGAUUCAACCUCACUUUAUCACUCAACGUGAGCUGUACGAGGUCCGAGAGAGGCCCAGCAAAGCCUACUCUUGGAAGGCCUUCAUGAUCGCCAACGUACUUGUAGAAGUCCCUUAUCAGGUCCUCACUGGUAUUCUCAUGUUCGCCUGCUUCUACUAUCCCGUUGUUGGCAUCCAGAGCUCAGCCCGCCAAGGUCUUGUGCUUUUGUUCAUGAUUCAGCUCAUGCUUUACGCCAGCUCAUUUGCGCAGAUGACUAUUGCUGCGUUCCCAGACGCUCUUACUGCAUCUGCGAUCGUCACUCUUCUGGUUCUUAUGAGUCUGACAUUCUGUGGUGUUCUUCAGCCACCUACAGCCCUCCCAGGCUUCUGGAUCUUCAUGUAUCGCGUCAGUCCAUUCACUUACUGGGUAGCUGGUAUUGUCUCGACCGAAUUGGGUGGUCGACCUGUCGAAUGUUCCACUGAGGAGACAUCCAUCUUCAACCCACCUUCGGGCCAGACCUGUGGCGAAUAUAUGGCCGACUACUUGGCUCAGGCACCUGGAGCACUUCAGAACCCUGAUGCUACACAGCAAUGCCAGUACUGCUCACUUACCAAUGCCGAUCAGUUCCUGGCUGGCAGUAAUAUCUACUACACCGAGAGGUGGCGCAAUUUCGGUAUUGUUUGGGCUUAUAUUGCAUUUAACAUUUUCAUUGCUGUUUCGUCUUAUUAUGUCUUCCGAGUUAAGAAAUGGAGUUUCGGGAAGAAAAAGAAGGCUUAA